GACUGAGAGUGAACGGGCGAGAGUUUCAGAGAGAGUGUGGCGUCGGAAGAGGAUGAAGCAAGAGGGGAGAGAAGAGCAGGAAGAUGAGAUCGUGUUCGACAGAGACUCAGAGACUUCGAAUCAUAAGAAGCAGAUUUUGAUCUUUCAGCUUUCUCAAAGGCUAAUCCAUGGCGACCUUCUCUCCCGAAUCGAAGCUGCCAAAGAUUUGAGGAAGCUCGCCCGUAAGUCUUCCCCCAAGUCCCGCUCCAACCUCGGCGCUUCCAGUCUGAUUCAACCCCUUGUUUGCAUGCUUCUCUCUCCCAAUCUUGAUGCCCGUGAAGCCUCUCUUCUUGCCCUCCUCAAUCUCGCUUCCCGCAACGAACGGAACAAGAUAAAAAUAGUUGCAGCUGGUGCUAUUCCCCCGCUUCUAGAGCUGCUGAAAUUCCAAAACCUUAGUUUGAGGGAACUAGCCACUGCAGCAAUCCUGACCUUGUCGGCUGCUGCUUCGAAUAAACCGGUCAUCUUGUCAGCUGGUGCAACAUCUCUUCUGGUUCAGAUUCUCAUUUCUGGAAGUGUUCAGGCUAAAGUUGAUGCAGUGACAGCUCUAUACUAUUUAUCUGCUUGCACUGAACACGAGAAUUGCCCCAUGAUGCUUGAUCCAGGAGCAGUUGCCCCUCUAAUUGAUCUCCUCAAAGAAUGCAAGAAGCAUUCGAAGUUUGCCGAAAAAACUACAUCCCUCCUUCAGAUCAUUUCGAACUCAGAUGAAGGGCGAACUGCAAUCUCCAAUUCAGAUGGUGGCAUACUAACUUUAGUACAGACAGUUGAAGAUGGAUCUCUUGUGAGCACAGAGAAUGCAGUGGGAGUUUUGCUUUCCAUGUGCCAGAGUUGCCGUGAGACAUACCGCGAACCCAUCUUGAAAGAAGGUGCAAUCCCUGGCCUUUUGAGACUCACAGUAGAGGGCACAGCUGAAGCACAAGAUAGAGCUCGCAGGCUUCUGGAUUUGCUUAGAGAUUCUCCUCAGGAAAAGAGAAUGAGCUCAACAGAUCUGGAGAGAAUUGCUUACAAAAUCGCUGCUGAAGUUGACGGCGUAGGACAAGCACUCGAAACUGCCAAAAGAUUAAUGCAGGAAAUGGUUCAGAGGAGAUUAAACACUGCAUAAACCGCUCGCUCGCUCCGUUUUGUACAUCUUCUUCUUAUUCUUCUGAGGCGAUUUCUUUAUGCUUACCUUCAAGCCAUUUGCACUUUGGGAACAUUUCUUGGAUGCUUUUUUUGGUCGAACCCUUUAUUUCAGAAGAAUUGUAGGUUAUGUUGAGGAUU